AUCAUGUGUUGACUGUUGAUCUUUUGAUUUGAUCAUUUUUUAACCUGAACAUUGGUUUAAUUUUUGUUAAUUAAUUUAUUGUGAUUGAAGUAUUUAAAGGGCAACAAACGUUGAUCAACAAAAUGACAUCUUCAUUAGACCAAUUUGCAACUAGUGUUUGUAAUUUAUCUGCGAACGGUAAUUUCGAUAAAUUAAAUGAAAUAUGUAAUAAGAAUAAGGAUCUUCUAAGUAAAAAUUAUUCCUCUCUGGAUGAUAUUCUGCAAACAUUUGAUUUACAAGAACACUCUCUUGGAGUAUUAAUGAUUUUGGUUUGCAAAUCAGGUCUAGAAGGAGCCAAAGAUAAUGAAUCUUUAUUGAACAUGAUUGAAGACUUCAUCUCUGGCUGUACUGCUGAACAAGUUAGAUCUGCUCUUGAUAAUUAUAACUCAUUGAUUCAUUCUUAUACUAAUUUUCUGGUCCAUAAAAAACAAGCUAUACGAGGAAUUGUUCACCUGCAAAAAGCUAUAACCAAAAUUCAUUCACCAGAAUCAUUAACUUUCAUUCACGCUGAUCUUUGUCAAUUGUGUAUCUUGGCUAAAUGUUUUAAACCAGCGUUAAAGUUUCUAGAUGUUGAGGUUAACAGUAUUGCCAAAGAUAUGGGACAAGCUGAAGUUAAAUACUUUCUACUUUACUAUUACUAUGGUGGUAUGAUUUAUGCCGCUCUCAAGAAUUGGGACAGAUCGUUAUACUUUUUUGAAGUUUGUCUCACAACUCCAGCCAUGGCUGUUAGUAUGAUCAUGAUGGAAGCUUAUAAAAAAUAUGUCCUCGUAUCACUUAUACUGGAUGGUAAAUUUCCCAAUCUUCCAAAAUAUACUUCAAGCAUCGUUGUCCGAUUUAGUAAAACUUUGAGUGUCCCUUAUAAAAGUGUAGCAAAUGCUUACGUUUCUCACGAUUCAAAUGAACUUUCAAAUGUCAUUCAAAAGUAUUUUUCAUCUUUCACCACAGAUAACAAUAUGGGAUUAGUUAAACAAUUUGGUGCCUUGCAUAAGAAAAACAUUCAACGGCUUACGAAAACCUUUUUAACCCUUUCUCUCAUUGAUAUGGCUGAUCGAGUUCAACUUUCUAGUGCCAAAGAGGCUGAAUUUUAUGUACUCAAAAUGAUUGAAGAUGGAGAAAUAUUUGCCUCUAUCAAUCAAAAGGAUGGUAUGGUUGUUUUCUUGGAUAAUCCUGAAAAGUUCAACACAGCAAAAGUUUUCCGAAAACUUGAAGAAGAGAUGAAAACUUGUAUUGCAUUGGAUGAAAAUCUUCGUAAAAUGAACCAUGAGAUUGCAAUUAAUCCAAAAUAUCUACAUAAAAUUCGAGUUGAACCCGAAUAAGCUAAUAUAUCAAUAUCAAUAUUCCAAUUAUCAAUCAACAUCAUAAUUAAUCUUUAUAUUCGUCAAAUUAAAUUGUAAUAAAUGAAUGGCUUUUCCUUAUGCUAUCUCUCAAAACACAAACAAUACAAACAAAUUCUCAUCGAAUUUAAAAAUUUUUCCAUUUAUUCUAAACAAAAUCAACCUCAAAUAUAACCUGAAAUUUAAAAUUUUUC